GCCUGCGUGCGGUGAUGUCUUCCCACCGUUGUGUGGUGUUGAGGUCCCGUCUGCGUACGGGUUGCAUUAAUAAUUGUAUUCAGAUACCUCUUGUGACUUGUAACUUCAAAAAAAAAACACCGUGUUAUUUAGAUUUAUUAAUUUUAUAAAUUACAUAAAAAUUAUAGUUCAAGUUAGUCUUUUUAUUACUAUUUGAAGUUAAAGUAAAAAUGAACAAAUCGAAUUUUGAUUUUUAUGUAACAAUAUAAUAUAUGAUGUAUUAGUUAAAAAUAUUAAUGAAUAAAAUAAAAUAACACUUAUAUGAUGUGAAUAUCGCUCACGUUUGGCCUAUAUUAUAGUUAUAUAUAUAAUUUUUUUUAUAUACAUUUAUUUUAAUUCUAAUAUCUCAUAAACUAGUAUUAAGAUUAUUAAUUUAUAAAUUACAUAAAAAAAUAAAGUUCAAUUUGUUAUUUUUAUUAGCUAUUUGAAGUUAAAGGGAAAGUGAAUAACGAGCUCUGACUUUUAUGUAAUUUAUAAAAUUAAUAGUCUCAAUAACCUCAUUAAAAAAAAUCUCAAGAACCAUUUUCUAGAUAUUAGAAUUAAAAUAAACAUACUCAUUUAAGGGGCACUAUAUGUUAAGAUAUGUAGCAUAUCAUUUAUCUGCGUAUAUAAUUAUAUUUUGAUUUAAUAAUUUUAUGUUCGCAGGUAAUAUUCCAGAAGAGAUUGGGCGGCUUAUUAAUUUACAAACUUUGGACAUGAGUUCUAACAAGUUCAAUGGCUCUUUACCUUCAUCUUUUUUUGGCAUGCCAUCCUUACAAUAUGUUGACCUUGCUUCCAAUGAUCUAAGUGGAUCAUUAUCAAGAGAUAUUGGAAACAUGACAUCCCUUCGCAGAAUAGGACUUGAAUUCAACAGCUUAACUGGUGAUAUUCCAAAAGAGAUUGGAGGUAUCGCAAAUUUCGAGCGAUUGAGCAUGUGUUGCAAUAAACUUAGUGGAUCAGUUCCAAGAGAAAUUGGGAACUUGACAGCCAUGAUUGGCAUUUAUCUUCACAACAAUGCUUUAAGUGGUCCGAUUCCAAAAGAAAUCGGUCGUCUUGUCAAUUUAGUGGAGCUGCAGUUGGAAGCAAACCAUCUUAUCAAUGGAUCGUUACCAAAAGAAUUUGGGAACAUAACAGCCCUCACCUACUUAUUGCUCAACGACAAUAGUUUGAGCGGUAACAUUCCAAAAGAAUUAUUCCUUCUUAAAAAUUUAUGGCAAAUGAACAUCGGAAGCAACCAACUCAGUGGAUCAUUGCCGGGAGAAAUUGGUAACACAACCAUUGAAGAUUUGUGGCUUCACUUCAAUAAUUUAAGCGGUCCAAUACCUUCCACCUUUGUGAAUCAAUCAGGGAUUGGGAAUCUAGCACUACAAUCCAACAACUUAAGUGGAGAGAUUCCUUCAUCCAUUUGCAACUUGAAAUCCCUCAGAAUCCUCUAUCUAUCAAACAACAAUUUGGAAGGAUCCCUCCCAAAUUGUUUGGGAAAGUUGAGCACUUCUUUGACAAUCCUUCAUUUGAAUGCAAACAAAAUCACUGGCCUCAUCCCACCCACAAUAUUUACCAAGGGAUGCACCCUCCAAUUCCUCACCCUAAAAGGUAACAAAAUGGAAGGCACAUUACCUCAAACCCUACUCAAUUGCCAACCCUUGCAAGUUGUUGACAUUGGUGAUAAUGAAAUACGGGGCGCGUUUCCAUUUUGGAUGGAAACGCUCCCCGAGCUCCGGGUCCUCGUCUUGAGGUCUAAUAGGUUCAAUGGUACGACGUUGAAUGCUUCAGAGACGACGGAGCAUCCGUUUCCUAAGUUGCAAGUUUUAGAUAUAUCUUAUAACGCUUUUUAUGGCUCAUUACCUGAUAGAUAUUUCAAAAAUUUUCAAGGGAUGGUUGAUGCUAAGGAAAAUAAGACGAAUGAUAGAGUAUUUAUAGAGCUGACUCUCACGUUAAAGGGUUUGGAAUUGCCACUGCAGAGAUUGUUGACCACCUUUACAACUAUUGACUUAUCCUCGAAUAGAUUCUCUGGGAAUAUUCCGCCUUCUUUAGGGAAUCUUAAUUCUCUUAGAUACUUGAAUUUGUCUCAUAAUAGUGUCACGGGGCAUAUACCUUCGUCUCUUGGAAAUAUGAGCGUUCUUGAAUCGUUGGACUUGUCAUCUAAUAGACUGGACGGAGAGAUUCCGAGUGAGUUGACCAGAUUGACAUUUCUUGCGAAAUUAAACCUUUCAAUGAAUAAUCUUUCGGGCCAGAUUCCACAAUCUACUCAGUUAUCCACAUUUGACAACGACUCGUAUGUGGGGAACGUAGGACUGUGUGGACUUCCGUUGACGAAGUUAUGUGAAAGGAUUGAUGAAAAACCACAAGAAGAUGAUGAUGAAGAUGAGUCUAGUUUUAUAAGUGGAUUUGGGUGGCAAGCAGUUGUUUUGGGGUAUGGAUGUGGGUUUAUAAUUGGAGUUUUUUGGGGUUAUCUAAUUAUUCGCUAUGAAAGGCCAACAUGGUUGGUGAAACUAUUUUUUGAUGGAGGCAAUAGAGGUAGUGUGUGACAUAACAUAAAUAUUAGUAUUUGUUAAUUGGUAUGUAUAUAAUAGAGUUUUGAUUACUUUGUUAGAUAGUAUGCCAUGUUUGUGCUGCUUAUAAUUUGUAGUAUAUGAAUGUAAAGAAGGACUUAUGCAUUAAUUUAAUUUUAGACCUGAUCCUUACCAGGUGAUUUUGAUCU